UUGGUAUCACGCCGGAGUUGGAGCGUACGCGAGCUGUUCAUAAGCCACGGCACAGCGGCAGAUGUGUGAGUGUUGAAUCAGAUUAGAGAGGAAAAAUGGCGGAAAACGGAGUAGAAAGUACCGGAGAUGUUACUCUGGACAACGCCGUUAAACAGUGGUUAGAGUAUGACAAGAACGGCAAGACGGCGGCGAGCGUGCGCGAGAUGGUGAAGGCGGGGAACGUAGCUGAGCUGCGCAAGUGCUUCGGCGCGCGGAUGGAGUUCGGGACGGCUGGACUGAGAGCCGCCAUGGGGCCCGGCGUGUCGCGCAUGAACGACCUCACCAUCAUACAGACCACUCAGGGGUUCUGUCACUACCUGGAGCAGUGUUUUGAGGACCUGAAGCAGCGUGGUGUGGUGAUCGGGUUCGAUGCUCGUCAGCACGUCCCCAGCGACGCCAGCAGCAAGCGCUUCGCCUCCCUGGCAGCGGCCGUGUUCAUCAGCCGAGGAGUUCCUGUUCACCUCUUCUCUGUCUUCACUCCCACACCAUACGUGCCUUUCACUGUAUCUCAUCUGGGUCUCUGUGCUGGAAUCAUGGUGACGGCGUCUCACAACCCCAAACAGGACAACGGUUACAAGGUGUACUGGGAGAACGGUGCUCAGAUCAUCUCCCCCCAUGAUAAAGGUAUCGCUGCAGCUAUAGAGGAGAAUCUGGAGCCGUGGGCGGAGUCAUGGAACACUGAAGCUGCGUCCCAGAGCGCCCUGCUCAAAGACCCGUAUCAGGACACACACCGAGAGUACAUAGAGGCUAUACAACAACACUGCUGUUACAGAGAGCUGAAUAAGAGUUCGGAGGUGAAGAUGGUACACACCUCGGUGCACGGUGUGGGUCACGUCUUCGUCCAGGCGGCUUUUAAAGCUUUCGACCUUCGACCUCCGUACGCCGUGGAGGAGCAGAAAGAUCCUGACCCGGAAUUCCCCACAGUGGAGUAUCCCAAUCCUGAGGAGGGAGCCGGAGUGCUGAACCUGUCUUUUGCACUAGCAGACAGAGAGGGAGCGACUGUGGUUCUGGCCAACGACCCAGACGCAGACCGACUGGCUAUAGCUGAGAAACAGCCAAGUGGUCAGUGGAAGGUGUUCUCGGGGAAUGAGCUGGGUGCUCUGCUGGGCUGGUGGACGUUUCAGUGCUGGAAGCAGAAGCAGGGUCAGGAGUUUAAGUCCAUGGUGAAGGAGGUGUACAUGCUGGCCAGCACCGUGUCCUCCAAGAUCCUGCGUGCCAUCGCUCUCAAAGAGGGCUUUCACUUCGAGGAGACUCUGACAGGGUUUAAGUGGAUGGGGAACAGAGCGAGACAGCUCCUGGAUCAGGGGAAAACCGUCCUGUUUGCGUUUGAGGAAGCCAUCGGGUACAUGUGCAGCCCUGCUGUGUUGGAUAAGGAUGGAGUGAGUGCAGCAGCCAUCGCUGGAGAGAUGAUCUCAUACCUGAGCUCCAAAAACAUCUCACUCUCACACCAGCUUACAGCUAUUUACGAGGAGUAUGGCUACCACAUUACCAAGAACUCGUACUUCAUCUGCCACGACCAGGACACCAUCAAGCAGCUGUUUGAGCGUCUGAGGAACUACGAGGGCGAGAACACGUAUCCCACAGACUGCCGGGGUUUCUCCAUCACCGCCGUCCGUGACCUCACCACGGGUCACGACAGCGGCCAGCCGGACCACAAAGCCAUCCUUCCUACCAGUAAGAGCAGUCAGAUGAUCACCUUCACCUUCGCUAACGGGGGCGUGGCCACCAUGCGCACCAGCGGCACCGAGCCCAAGAUCAAGUACUACACCGAGCUGUGUGCUGCACCGGGGAACAGUGAUGUGACUCAGUUGACCAGUGAGUUGAACAGUCUGGUGGACGCCAUCGUGGAGAACUUCUUCCAGCCCGAGAAGAACCACCUGAUCGCCCGGCCGGAGUCCAGUUAAAACGUACAGCUAGCCUAAAGAUUUCUGAAGAUUCCCGCUUGCGCUCUCUCUCUCUCUCUCACACUCUCACACACACAGUCCACAUUCACAUGACAGACUGCAGCUUUAAUGACCUGAAGCUGUGAUCCUAGCACUUUUUAUCCUGAGAGAAGUCUUAAAUACUCUACUGAUUAUCUGAGCCACGCCCACUGAACCUGCUGCAGUAACACACUCCACUCACCUGUUAUUACCCCCCCCCCCCCACACACACACACACACACUCUCCAGAGCUUCAUUUUCAGUUUAGUCUAACUUCCAAGCAUUGACGAAGUCUAACUAGCUGUACAUCGUUACGGCUUAACCCCAGGAUUUAUUUUCUCUUCACGUCUCAAAUCUGAUUGGUCAGAAGAUCCAUCUUUAACAUGUUUUUAACAAGUUAUUUAAUGAAGAAUCCAGUUACAAUCUGUCUGAGAAACCAUUACAGCUUUUUUCCCCUCCCUCACUCUCUCUCACUUUUACCUUUCUAUCUCUCUCUCUUGUUGGUCUUUCUCUUUCUCUUUCUCCAUCACUCUCUCUCCCUCUAUCUCUCUCUCUCUCCCUCUCUCUCUUCUCUGAUCUUAAACAUUCCAUUAUUUAAUAAAUAUUUCCUUUUUUCUUCACUCUAUUACAACUUUCUUUUUUAGUUUUCUUCUUCCUGUCCCCUCUGCUAGUGUGAAGUGCGGUGAGUGCUGCCCCCUGCUGCCUGACAGUGGAAUAAACCUCCUUCUGUUAAUGAGUAUAAAUAGAUCUGUAGCUGAGAGAUUUCAGUAACUGCACUUCGCUACUGUACUUAACACUGAUUAGGCAGAUUUAUACUUUACUCAAGUAUUAUUAGAUAAAUAUUUAUUAAAUAUUAGCUUACUAGCCAGCCAUAAACACGUAUAUCUAUCUAUCUAUCAUAUAUAUAUAUAUAUAUAUUUGUGUGUGUGUGUUUGAGGGCUGUCUGGAGUUAGCAUAAUAUUUAUUAAAAUAUGUAGGAGGCAAAUGAAAGUGCAUUAUAAUUUUUUUUUCUUGAUUUGAUGUACAAAUAUGACGCACUUAUAAACGUUUUAAUUCGACUCACCCUCCUACAUACACCCUCUCAGGCGCUUUUCUGAUCAGUUUUAUAUAUAUUACACUGUAUUGCCAAAAGUUUUUGGACACUCCUCCAAAUCAUUGUUGUGUUUCAGGGGUUGGACUCGGCCCCUUAGUUGCAGUGAAAGGAACUCUUAAUGCUUCAGCUUCAUACCAAGACAUUUUGGACAAUUUCAUGCUCUUUGUGGGAACAGUUUGGGGAUGACCCCUUCCUGUUCCAACAUGACCGUACACCAGUGACCAAAGCAAGGUCCAUAAAGACAUGGAUGAGUGAGUUUGGUGUGGAGGAACUUCACAGGGUCCUGACCUCAACCCCAUAGAACACCUUUGGGAUGAAUUAGAGUGAGGCCUUCUCGUCCAACAUCAGUGCCUGACCUCACAAAUGUGAGGUUUCUUCUAGAGGAAUGGUCAAAACUUCCCAAAACCUUGUGGAAAGCCUUCCCAGAAGAGUUGAAGCUGUAAAUGGGCCGGACAACUCCAUAUUACAUUCAUGUGCAUGGCGUUCCAAAACUUUUGCCAAUACAGUGUAUUUAAUAAUAACUGAAUAAACAUGAUUACAUCCCACUCGAGUCGAGGAAUCAAGUGCAGGUUUUUCUCCCUGAUUCUCAUCACAUGGUUCUGAUUCACGCUACUCUGGAGAUCCAAGUCUAAUUCUCUAUAAAAAAAAAAAAAAAGCCCAUAUGUUUACUUUUAACCAGGAACUUUAUAUCCAAAGCAGGAAGUACAACAUUUCCCCUUUCUCAUAUGCUAUUAUUUAAUAACACGCGUGUGUACAGUUUUAUUUAAACAUUCCAUUGCUUUCUCCCCACUGAUUUGAGCUGUAUGUUCAUCAGUGCACCUCAUCCUUACUAACCAAUAAAAAUGAAACUAAUCCAUCACA